ACUACGGUACUAACCGAACCGCGGUGCAGCACCAUAACCUCCAGGCGGACCUCGGACUCGGAGGCGGAAUCGCCGCAUUGAUCUCUCUUCGAUUUCGGCGACCGGCAAACAAAAAUUUCAUCGUGCUAGAGUAACGCGCCCCGUCGAGCAUGCCGCACGUCGUAUCGUUAUCGUCGAGCAAUACGAUGUGUUAAUUGCGACGUACGAUCGUACCGCGAGGGUGACAACGCACGCGAAGAAUGGCCUCCCCGAAGCGCGGAGUGCGAUGAAUCAGUUAUUAUGUUGCCCUCGACCGGCUACUUCAAAACGAUAAAUUGCCCGUUUUAUGACGGCGGCUCGUGCGACCGGCCCUAUUGUCACUUCAAACACGCCAAGCGAGAAGAUGCAGGCAGUGCAGCAGGAGUGGCCGGCGUGGUGGAGGACCAGACGGCGGGACAAAUACAGGAGGACAAAUCUACCGGUGUUGUGGCCUCAGCCCCUGACAUGUUACAACACCUAGUGACGGAAGCGGUGAAAAAAGUGCUCGCGGAUCAGGAAGUCACCGAUACUGAGAAGGUUUCACAGAACAUCGUAUCUCAAGUGGUGGAGGGGCUCAAGCCGACCUUGUCCUCUGGUUCCGCUGCGGCUAUACGCAAUGCUACACCGAGUAUAGGAAAGCACGUUGCGAUUCCCACAACCAUCACAAAACCGGUUGCUUGUGUUUACAACCCGACACCGAUAGCAGAAUUGAAGAAACGGCAUAUACCUGUGGUCUCGUACAUGCCGACCAGGGAGAGUAGAGUGGCUGUGAAACGUAAAUUCUCACCGGACAGUGCUAAACCAUGGUCGAGCAUCGUUCGGGAAUCGAGCAGCUCUCAAAUUAUGCCUGAAGUUACGUAUAAACCUACCGCAAUAGUGAAUACAACCGUUCAGGAUGAACAAAGUUAUGUACCAACAGUUAAAUUGGAUACUUUCUCGUCAAUAUCGUACGACGACAGUAACUCGAACGAUUAUCAGUCUAAAUUUAAGGAGGGAUAUUAUCCGAAAUCUAAGAAGAGAAGGGAGGAAUAUGUUCCUAAAAAGAUCAAAGCACCAUUAAAAACGGUACAGCAAUUAAACGAUGCCACUGUGAGUCAAUAUGAGGCUGAUUUUGAUAUGAUAGAUGAGAUCAUUACUUCGAAUCACGCCACUUCUGUAGCGUUAGGACAAGCAAAAGCGUCGGCCAGCGAGGAUUCUCAAGAUUAUUCUCUGGAUAUUGAACCCAGGUUCUCCGAUGACGAACCUAUAGAAGAUAUAUCUACGGACGAACAUAACGUAAGUGUAAAAGAGUCGGAACAAACGGAGGAUAUUAAUGAGAAGGAAAAAGAGAACUUGCAACACACAGGAGUUGAUACUGCAGAUAAACAAACGAGCAAUAAAGAUAAUAAAAUACAUACCAAUCAUUACGAUGCUAAAACGGGUGAUAUAAAAAGUAGCGAUAGAUCUAAACAGCAUAAAGCAAGUGACUCGAAAAAAUUAUUGGAGAGAAGAGAGGACUCUGUAAGGCAGGAUACUGAUAAAAAGAAAGAGAAACACAAGGAUUAUAAUAAAAGUAAGGAAAGAGACAAGAGAGAUCGUCAUAGUUCUGAUAAGAGGGACAAAGAAAGAUCUAGGCACAAGUCAGAUUCUAAAGAUAAGCACCGUUCCUCCUCUAGCAGAGACAAAGAUAAGAGAAGGAGCAGCCGCGAUAGUAAGGACUCCUUACAUGGAAGUAGAGACCGCUCGGAUUCGCGUAAACAUAGACAUACUUCUCCGAAGAAAGAUCGAAAUGAUCAUCACAAAUCAUCCAGCCAGCGCGACAAGCAUAAAUCAAGUUCGAAUUUAUUCAGUUCCAAAUCAAGUAAACACACGUCAAGCAAAAGUGAUAGGAAGCGUCGUUCGGAAUCAAGUCGAAGAUCCAGUGACUCUUCCAGAAAAUCUAGCAAACACAAAGAAAGCAGUAGUGAAAGGAAUUCAUCUAAUAGAUCUGACAGUCCUGUAGAUAGUAUUCACUCUUUCAUUGAUGACCACAAUGAGAUGACAGAUGAGAUUUUGGAAUUAUCAGAUUCUGAUCAUGAUGUACAAGAAGAGUGCCUAAGAAUUUUUCAGGAAUAUCAAGCCUCGGACUAUCCGAAAUUAGUAUCAGUUAAAAAAUCUUUGAGAGAAGAAACUGAGAACGUAGAAGAAGUCGGUAAGAAAAGAGUUGCGCAUCCUUCGGCAGCCACAAGUGUCACUAGACAACUAGGUCCUAGUCAGCCACCAAAAAAACUUAUAACUCCGCAACAGAAAAUGUACGAGCGAUGGCGUUUGAUGAAACAAGCAGCGGCUGAAAUGGCCGCGGAAAAGGCAACAGAAAAGGCGGCAGCUGGAAUGAAGACUCAAGUUACGUCUAAGUCAGCAGAUCAGUCUUCGAGUAAUGUCACACAACGUGUAUCUGUUCACAAAGAACACGUUGAAUCUGCCUCAUCGAUAAGUAAUAGUGACGUGCUGCUGAAUACAAAUGGUCGCAUUCGAAUCGCUCACGUCCCGUACGCAAAAUCCCUUGCGAUGGAAAAGAAAAAGGUCAUAGUAACAGCGGGGAAGAGCGGGGAUGCUAAGGGGGUAGAUAACAAAACGAUAGCGCAAACUACGAAGGGCGGUGUACGCGUUGCUCAUAUACCGCAAGUGGUACCUCAGCUCGUGCGUCCAGAACCAUUGCAAGUCGCUACCCAAAAGUUUCCCUUAAACGUUCGUCAGUAUUAUAUUAAUGUAAUGCACGAUAUAUGCGUGCAAAUUUAUACGAAUAACGACGACGCAGCGCAACGAGCCGUCAAAGAAGAACUCGCGUGUCACGAGAGAUGCAAGGCGCUCGCGGUAUACAAGAAUUCAUGCAUGUUAGCGGCUCAUAGAUUAAGGAAGGAAGUAGAUCAAAGCAACUUGAAUGAGAAGUUUGUUGGUUUGAGCUGCGGUAUGGUGUCCCAUGAAGCUGUUCUCGCCGGCAAGUCAAAAGGUUCUUGGAGUGUAGUCAGAAGCAAGAAGAAUGUGACAGAUUUUAAAGGACCAGCGCUCUACAACAUGCUCAAGAAAUGGAUUAUGUCGGAGCAGGAGCUUAGGGAUAACGGAUUUCCACGUAAACAUCCAGAUGAUACAAAGGGACAUGCGAAGGUGUAUGUAACAAAUUCGCGGAACCAAACCAUUUUGUCAAAAGUGCCUAAUGAAAGAAUGUGCAGCCGAUGUGGCCAAGCAUAUAUGAUAAAUAAACAGGGCCUUGCUGUGCGGCAACAAAAUUGUAUAUAUCAUUGGGGCAGGAAGUUUACAGUUAGAGGAGAAGGCAAGUACAGUUGUUGCCAACAAUACGGCUCUGCUACUGGUUGCUGCGAUGCAAAAACGCAUGUAUGGGACUACACGGAUUAUGAAAAUCUUCGUGGUUACGUUAAAACUUUAUCAAAAGAUGGUCCUAUCGACGAGCAAGGUGUUUACGCACUUGACUGUGAAAUGUGCUAUACUACACAAGGUUUGGAACUAACCAGAGUGACGAUUAUUGACGAAGAUUGUAAGGUGAUAUACGAAACGUUAGUCAAGCCGCAGAACCCAAUAAUUGAUUACAACACAAGGUUUUCAGGGAUCACAGAAGAAGAUAUGAAGGAUGUGACAACGAGUAUUUUAGAUGUACAAGCUACGCUCCUCACAAUGUUCUCAGAUAAGACAAUCUUAGUGGGUCACAGUCUUGAAAGUGAUUUUAAAGCUUUAAGGCUGCUCCACGAUACAGUCGUAGAUACCAGCGUCAUGUUUCCGCAUAAGAACGGAUAUCCGCAAAAAAGGGCGUUGAGAAAUCUCUGUUCCGAAUAUCUCAGAAAGAUCAUACAAAAUGAUGUUAGUGGUCAUGACAGUAAAGAAGAUGCCGUCUCUUGUAUGGAGUUAAUUCGCUGGAAAGUCAAGGAAGAAGCAAAAUUACAAUAAAAUUGCUCGUAAUUUGUUAGGAAUAAAUAUUAUCACAAUUGUUGUACGUUAAUUACAACAUGUUUUUCGCUUUCGCGAUACUAUUGACAAGGUACUGUUAAAGGCGGCUAGCCCUGAGUAAAUCGACUAGUUUUGUGAUCGAGUGGUCCAGGAAUAAUUAGAGAAUAUAAACAUUAAUAUUAUUUGUCCGUCCGAUAUAAAUAUUUGAACGAUUAGCCUAUGCAGUAUUUAAUUCAUGAUUUAUUAUUUUUCAUAGAUAAGCAUAUAUAUUUGUCAUAAUAAUAAUAUCAUAAUAACUGCAUUUAUUUCAUGGUUACAAUUAGGUCUUUUUCUUGUUUGGAUGAUCGAAAUUUUAUGGCAAAGAUAUUGCAUCGUAAAUAUGCGCAUAUAUGUAUAUAUUAUAUAUAUCUAGAAAUAUAUAUAUCUAGAUAAGUUAUGAAAUAAUGAAAUGAGAAAUAAUAAAUUAUUAAUAUAUUAUAAGCUAAUUGUUCAAAUUUUAAGUUACUAAAACCUCCAUAAGUUGGCCUUUAAUAAUACCUCGUCAAUGUAGACACGCGCUGGCCAGUAAUGUCGCGCAUACCUUACUGCCUGCAUACUGCGCAUAUUUUAUAUACUGUAUUAUAUCUUGUGUAUAAAUAUGUAAUAUACACUCAUUGUGCCCUCGA